AACGGUAAGACCGUUAGGCAGUAAAAAUGCCUUAGAGUGUUGUGUUGCCCAGGGCUCAUGAACACAACCGUGUCAGUCUGUGCUUGUGUUUCUAACUUGAUAUCAUUCGUUGGAAAAUAACUUUCAGGGUGAAGCCGUCUCUAAAUCUUCGUGUGACCAUGGAUGCCUUUCGAAGCUUUGUAUACGAAUUGUACAUCAUGGUUAAAUUUAUUUAUCUCAGUGCAAAACAAUUGUUCCAAGAAGCCUGCAGAACUGUGAAACCACUCAAUGAUCCUAUCAAUCGACGAGAAGAAUAUGCUAUAAUCACCGGUGGGAAUCGAGGAUUAGGUUUCUACACUCUUCUGGGCUUGCAGGCUUCUGGAAUGAAAGUCAUUGCAGGUUGCCGGGAUGGAAGAAGUAAACAACAACUAUUUGAGAAUUUGGAAGAAGCUGGUAUUCCAGCCGAUUCAGUGGAAUGGAUAAAUCUCGACUUGUCAUCGUUAAAUUCGAUCAGAAAUUUUGCAAAAGUUGUCACUGACAGAAACAUCCCGAUCAGUCUACUCAUAAACAAUGCCGCCGUUAUGUUCACACCCUAUGGCUUGACAACAGACGGUUUAGAGCAACAGUUUGCUGUCAACUACCUGGGACAUUUUCUCUUAACUCAUCUACUCUUACCUCGAUUAAUUGAAGCAGGAAAGCAUCAUCGUUAUGCUUCACGAAUCGUUAACGUUGCUUCAGAUGUAUCUUACCUCGGCUAUCUAGAACUCAAUGACUUAAACGCCAAGUCUUUUUACAACAGAUUUGUGGCUUAUUCCCAGUCCAAAUUAGCACAGGUUUUAUUUAACGAAAUGCUCCAUGAUCGUUUGACACAAAAUAACUAUCCUGUCAAGUGCUACGCCAUGCAUCCGGGUGUUAUUCAAUCCAACUGGUACGCCAAUGGAAGGUUUUUGAAAAUCGGUUUUCGUAUCGUUGGCUUCUUACUUAAGAGAGAACCAGUUGCAGCCCAACGAGUUUUGUAUACAGCAUUUUCACCCGAAUUGGAAAACUCCAGCGGUUGCUAUUUAUCAGAUUGCAAAAUAACAACACCCGCCACUAAAUCAAUCUGUCCAAGUAUGCGAUUAAAGCUGUGGGAUGCAACACACAAAUUACUUGAUAUUGAAGAAUUUGGAAAAGUUAAAAGUUCCCAAUAAUAAAAAGCGUGUCAAACAAAAA